AUGUCCUUCGACACGGAGCCAAUGUCCUACACUUGGGGGUUUUACAACCACGAUUUCUUGAGCACCUACUGUGCUACCAUGGUCCAGCUCUGUGAAGCCCUCGGCCGUUCUGUCCAGGUGGUGAACUUAGACCCCGCGGCGGAGCAUUUCAACUAUGAUGUGAUGGCUGACAUCCGGGAACUGAUCAAUGUGGAUGAUGUGAUGGAGGAAGGCUCCCUGCGCUUCGGUCCCAAUGGAGGACUGGUUUUUUGCAUGGAGAACUUUGCCAAUAACUUUGAGUGUCUGGAGAACUGCCUUGGCCAUGUCGAGGAUGACUACAUCCUUUUUGACUCUCCAGGUCAGAUUGAGUUGCACACACACCUGCCCGUGAUGAAACAGCUGGUUCAGCAGCUGGAACAGUGGGUGUUCCGAGUCUGUGGAGUGUUUCUCCUUGAUUCUCAAUUCACGGCGGAGUCGUUCAAGUUUAUUUCUGGCAUCUUGGCAGCCUUGAAUGCUAUGGUAUCUCUAGAAAUCCCGCAAGUUAACAUCAUGACAAAAAUGGACCUGCUGAGUAAAAGAGCUAAAAAGGAAAUUUAG